AUGAUUGACAAUCAAACAAUAAACGAUACUGGUUCAUAUGAAUAUGAAGAAAUUCUUGUUCCAUCAGCUCAAGUACAAUUUUGGACAUAUAUUAUAUUUCAAGUUCCAUCAAUUUUUUGUACUUUAUAUCUUCUUUAUUAUUUAAUAUUUAAUCGACGUUUACGUAGACAAUUACAUAAUCAUGUUGUAAUUGUUGUACUUAUUCUAUGUUUUAUUAUUUUAGUUGCUGAUAAUUCAUUAUAUCUUGAUGGAUGGCGUAUAGGUCAAAAAAAUUCAUUUCCAUUUUCAUCAAGUGUUUGUCUUGUUUGGUGGUUUAUUGAUUAUGGAUUUUACGGUGCAAUAUCUAUAUUUCUUUUCUGGGCUUCAUUAGAAAGACAUAUACUUGUAUUCUAUCGACGUCGAUAUUUAAAUACACCACGUAAAAUAUUUUACAUACAUUAUUUUCCUUUAAUAAUUAUUUCAAUUUAUCUCAUUGGAUUUUAUACUAGUGCAAUUUUAUUUCCACCAUGUAAAAAUAUUUUCCAUUAUAAUUAUUUAGCAUGUGGUUCAAAUCCAUGUUAUCAUGAUAUAACAUGGAUAAAUACAUGGGAUUAUUUAUUUAAUGGAGUUCUAUGUAAUGUUUUAGAAGCCUUUUUUAGUAGCUCAUUACUAGUUCGAAUAAUAUGGAGAAAAUUCUACUCAACAAGACGUUUUAAUUGGAAAAGAUAUCGAAAAAUGGCUAUACAAUUACUGUCAAUUUCAUCUCUGUCUUUAUGUAUUAAUCUUCCUCAUUCAUUAAUUAUUCUUAUACGACAAAUUCAGCCGAAUAUGAGUGAUUUUGCCAUUGAUACUGAACCAUAUUUUUUCUAUUUUACUGGCUAUGUUGUUUUAUUAUUGCCAUUUGUUUCUCUUGGAUGUUUACCAGAAUUAUGGCCAAAAAGAUUCUUUUGUAGUCAACGAAGUCGACGUAUAGUAGGUCCUACGACAAUAUCUGCUGGUGCUGGAUUUGGACCUUUAGUACGAACACACGACAGUUAA